CCUCAAUGCCAGAUAACCUGGUGAAAGGAAACACCCACCGCAAACAUGGCUCCCAACAUGCCCCAGAACUUGAUCACUCAAAACAAAGCGAUGAACAUUGUCAUUAUCGGUGGUUCCAAUACAGGUCUCAUGAAUGGCAUCGUCCUCAAACGCCUCGGUCACAACGUCCACAUCCUGGAGCAAAACACCCAAUCUGAACGAUCCGAUCUCGCCGCUGGCAUCACCACCCACCCUGAGUUUGACGAGUUCAUGGAUGUCUACAAUCUUGUAAAGGAGCCAUGGUUUGUCCAGAGUCCCGGCGUACAAUGGCUGAACAAGGCUGGUGCUGUCACUCGUGAAGUGAAGAGACCCCUUAAGAUGGCCUCCUGGGGUGUGAUCUACCACCGCCUGCGUGCCAACUUCGAUGGAUUCGCCAGCGGCUUCUGUCCCAAUCCCCCAGCUGCUGGAGAGAAGGAUGGAACUGCAGAAUUCGAUCUCGGAAAGCGCGUGACAGGUUUAACUUACGCGGAGCAUUGCGUGAAGGUGUCUUUUGAAGAUAUUCUCAAUGGCGAUAAGGCCGGAAUUCUUGGCGCUGACUUGGUUAUUCUUGCUGACGGUGCGAAUUCCGCUUUGCGCGGUAUGCUCUUCCCCGAAGUUGAGAGGGUCUACGUUGGCUACGUUGCAUUCAGGGGAACCGUACCUGAGUCCGAAGUAUCUGAGGAAACUAAGAAGGUAUUCGAUGCAAACCUUUCGUACUUUUGCUUCAAGUCCAAUUAUAUUCUCCUGUACAUCAUUCCCGGAGCAGAUGGAUCCCUCGCACCAGGUCAUCGUCGCUACAACUGGGUCUGGUACCACCCUUUGGCUGCCGCCUCCCAGUCCCUGACCGAGAUUAUGACCGACAGCUCCGGCACAGUCCACCGCAACACCCUCCCCAUCGGCGGCAUGAACCUCGAUGCUUGGGCAGAAUACAAAUCGCUCGCCAUGUCACAGAUGUGCCCUCCCUUCGCUGAAGUCGUUGAGAAGACCACACAACCAUUCAUCACAGCCGUCAGUGACCUAGCCUGCCCCCGUGCAGUGACUAUGGAAGGUCGAGUUCUCAUAACUGGCGAGGCUCUAAACCUCGUUCGUCCGCACCUGGCUCUUAGUACCACUGGAAGUGCAAAGCAAGCUCUGUUGCUGGAGAAGGUCUUCCGCGGCGAGAUGUCGAUCGAGCAGUGGGAGAAGAACGUCUUGCAUGAGGGUCGACUUAGUGCUUUGAAAACUAAUGCGUUUGGAACUUACUUCCUGUAUGGAAUUCUGCCUGCUAUUGGAUGGGUUGCUAAGCUGCUUGGUGCCAUGGUUGGUGCUAUGUUGCCCUUUUCUUCGCUUCCAGCUCAAUCAUCUGCGAAAGAGGUGUCCAGCAAGCUUCACCCUGGCACAAGUCCUAAGUCUGGGGAUACUGCAUGAUUGAUUUUACAGAAGCCAAUGUUUUUAUGUAUUAAUCGUGCAGGCGUUUGCUUUGAUGUUGGUAAGCUUACACUGUUGUGGAUGGAAG